GGGGCGAGACGAGGGGCGUUGGUGGAGACGCUGGGCGGCCUCGAGGCGGCCAGCUGACCCCUCAGGGCCGCGCGGGCUCCGGCUCCGAGCGUGGUGGGCUAACCGGGGCGUGCCCGGGCCUGGACGCUCCCUGACUGUGCUGGCUGAGCCCCCAGGCCCCUGACGUUUAUGGGGUCGCAGACGAAGAAGGUGCUGCUCACACCCCUCAUGCAUCCCGCUCGCCCCUUCCGGGUCUCCAGCCAUGACAGGAGCAGCCGCCGAGGGGUGACCGCCAGCAGCCUGCAGGAGCUCCUCACCAAGACCCUGGAUGCCCUGGUUAUCACCAGCGGACUGGUCACGUUGGUGUUGGAGGAGGACGGCACCGUGGUGGACACGGAGGAGUUCUUCCAGACCCUGGGGGACAACACUCACCUCAUGGUCCUGGAGAAGGGACAGAAGUGGACACCGGGUGGUACCUACAUCCCAGCCCGCCAGCCGCCAAAGAGACAGGGGAUCGCGAGAGUCACCUUCGACUUGUACAAGCUGAACCCCAAGGAUGUCAUCGGCUGCCUCAACGUGAAAGCCACUAUGUACGAGAUGUACUCGGUGUCCUACGACAUCCGGUGCCCGGGCCUCAAGGCCCUGCUGAGGAGCCUGCUGUGGUUCCUGUCUCACACCGCCCAAGUGACCGGCCAGUGUCUCGUCCACACGGGCACCUACAUGCUCCGAGUGCUGGCUGACACGGAGGAGCGGGCGGUGCCCGGCCCGCGCCCUCGCCGGGGGAUCACGAGUGGAUAGGGGCGCACGGUGUGGAGUCUCCGCUGGCCUCAACCCCGCAGGUCCCUCUCCGGGGACGCAUUCCGAAGACACUGUGUUCCCACCACGUGUCCCCUGCUCAGGAAAGAAAAGGGGCCUGAGGGCACUGCCAGGGGCCAGGCGGUGGAGGCCCCCCAGGUGGGGAUGGGGUAUGGGGACGAGGGCAGCACGAGGCCUGCGGCUCCACAAUAAACCAGUCAAGAGA